CACACACACUCACAAGAACACACACACACACAGUCUGUCACACUUCAAAAUUACUUGAUCACCACUCAGUUCCUGACUCGUCUUCAUGUUUGGCUGCACAAACUCUCUCUCUUGCUCUCGACUUCGGAAGCCAGCGAUGGUGUGAGCACUCUGCUAGUUUCCUGUCAUUGCAACGCAUGCAUGGAGAGAUAAAGGCGCCACAGACAUUUUGUCAUAUCUCCAGAAAAUAUCCUGAAUGAAAAUUUGUCUCUGUGCUUUGAACUGGAACACCAAGCCAGUGGGAUUUCUCUACUUAACAGGGAACUUUCUAAAGAGGCAUGGAGAAUGAUUACCGACAAUCCACUGUGAAUAUCAUGAUCCUUUCUUUCAUCCUAGUAGCCCUGCUUUUAUUACUGUUCUUCCUCUACAUGAAGCUGAACCAGGAGAAUAAUGACGAAUUCACCAUCAUGCGCAUGUUGUUUAAGGAAGGAGGGAUCAGGGACCAGGCGAGGGUCGCAGCAAUAGCUCUGGGGACAGGUAUCAGAGUCCGACUGUGUCCUGGCAGUGAUCCACUUGAGGAAGGGGAGGAAAUGCAGGAGGUCAGAGAUGAGGAGGGACAGGUGGAGGAGGGGGGCAGCCAGUGGGGUGACAGCGAGGUGGGCAGCCAGGAGGAGGAGGGAAAGGGGGAUAACGUCUCACAUGAUACCUCGAGCUCCGAGGGUUUGAAGGCAGGGGAGCAAACCAGGCUGACGGAUCAGCCAGAGGUCAAUGUGGAGGGGGAAAGGGAGGAAGAGGAGGAAGUGGCGAGUAGAGGAGAGGAAAGAGGGGGGGCUGGAUUGCUGAUCGACCUGAAGCAGUUUGCUGGAAGUGCGAUCUGGUCUGAAGAGAAAGGGAUGGAGAGGGAGGUGACUUCUCUGUGAGCUCAGAAGAAGAAGGUGCACUGACCAAAGAAGAUAAUUUACCAGCUUAAAGGAUAUUUCAGUUUGUACACAAAUGUUCAACUUAGUUAAUAUAGCUUAUUCAUUUGAAUUUGAACCAACCUAAUUCAUUUGCCUGUUACCAAUUGAAGUAGCCUAUUUCUUUUUAGCUCGUUAAGCAAUUUUGUAUGUAGUAGAAAUGCUGAUCCUUGUGUGUUUUUCUAGAAAUAAUGAUACUAAAUACUGGAAUCAUUCUGUAAAACAUCCACUAUAAGUAUUUUUUUAAUUACAAGGAGCUUUUGUUUUAUUACUUCCUGCUGUGGUAUUGGUAUAAAAAUGCAGACGUCCACUGUUGUUUAAGAAUGUUAUGUUUUAUUAUGUCAAACUGAUUCAAUUAAGAAAUCAGAUUUUCUAUUGUUGUGUCAACCAUCUAUAUGUGGUACAGUUUGGAGUGUAGCAUGUCUUCAUUUGCUUAAAAUGUUUUUUGAGAAUAAAAACAGAAGAAUACA